AUGAGCAUUGGACUUGGGGUUUUCAUACCCGGAGACACGCAGCUUCUCGAUCUCGCCUGCGUCGAUGUCUUGCACAUGAUGAGCAAGGAGUAUCUUUCACUCCUCACUCUACUGCCUUCGCACAUUGCAGACAUCGCGCCCAGUGUAAGCAUAUUUUAUAUUACCGCGCCUGCGGCUAACGACCAGAUGGUUGCAUUGUCGUCCAACAUGACAGUUCGAGCAACACACGACAUCACUCACCCUGAUGUGCAGCCUGGGAAACUCGAUAUUGUCUUGGUUCCAGGCCCCGAUCCGGAAGCUAAAUGGGACAGGCCCAUCUUAGACUUUCUGCUCGGCCACUCAAAGAGCCCAAACACCGACGUCAUUAGUGUGUGUACUGGAAUUUACCUCUGUGGCGCUGCCGGCUUGCUGGGCGGCCGGACAGUGUGCGGCCCAAGAGGCUUACAAGAUGCACUAAAGAAGAUGUAUCCGACAGCAACAUUUGUUGGCGAGAAAUACAGAUGGGUCCAGGAUGGGAAUUUUUGGUCGAGCGGAGGCAUCACGAAUGGGAAUGAUUUGGUUGCUGCUUAUGCUCGCUCAUCGAAACACUUUCCCUCCGCAGUUGUUGAGUUGGCUUGCAAGAUGGCAGACGUAGGCGACAGGCCCAAAGAGUUUGCUGAAAGCCAGGUCGGCUUUACAUUAGGCAUUGUCUGGAACAUCGUCUUAGGUUUCUUCGCAAAGCGGCGCUAG